AUGGUCAUUUCUCUUGACUCCUUGGGGCUGCUGAGCGUUCGCCUACUGGCCUCAUGGCUGGCUGUUCAAAUUGCCCUCGUCGGGGCGUACCCCUACCCAGCCGAAGCUGAAAUCGAUAGCGAUGCUUUCGGCUUGUCCCAUGAAGCGCUGGCGAAGAGAAUGGUAGGGCAGUUCCCCAGAUUUUCCGAAGACUACAACGGUCGCGUUAAGAAGGGCGGUUACCUCAAGGAGCUCUUGCCCUUGAGCGAUAUAGAGGCAACUCUCAAGAACAGCGGUCUGAAAUGGGCCCCGUUUACAACUGUCGACUACGAUGACUGGUUCGACAACGACGAAGAAGGCGAAAACGAGGGAGAAUCCAAUGCAGUCAACGAACCCGACAGCUCGCCUGGCUUCGGUGACCUCCUUGAUAAAGCCUUCGAGGACUCGGACUACCCUGUAAAUCCCGGAAAUAACGGCUUGUCCAACUUCCGUCACGAAAAAUUCUUCUACCUCCGGGAUAGGGUUUCAGUUGGACAUCCCUCAAUGGCUUCAUACAUGAAUGUGCUCAACCCAGAAUCCGGCGCAAUCAUCUUUGACGUAAACUUCAGCCCUCGCUACGAAGUGGCCACGAACAAGAUAGGCAACGUACCAGACCUUGAGCAGCUGUCAGAUAUUGUAUACUUCCAGUGGCUCGACGCUUGCGUAGCAAGGAAAGUCCAUCCCAGCCACAUCAACAUCAUCUUCAGAUCCAAAAUCACAUACCAGCCCAGCGUCGAUCUGAUCGUCAAGGCUCUGAUGAACGCCGGUUAUAGCUCUGUUCCGGGCUGGGACCAACGGGCUAUUUUUUCCAUGGACACGGAUCAGGGACUUGCGAUCCUCGGGAGCACCCAUGGCUCCGGCCCUGCCUUAUUUCUGAUUCAGCACAAGGCAAUUCUUGGCCCCAAGAGGAUUACGGAGGUGGCGGUAUGGUGCGGAAAUGAUGGCUGCAAACUCGAUGCAGACCCCAAGUCUGUAAACUUGAACUUGCGAUUCGUGGUCACGGAUCCUUAA